AUGUUUUUUAAUGGAACAUUUGACUACACUCCGGGUUUUGUGAGGAAGAGUACGUAUUUUGGAGAGGAUAAUGAAGGUUUUGUGAGGAAGAGUACGUAUUUUGGAGAGGAUAAUGAAGGUUUUGUGAGGAAGAGUACGUAUUUUGGAGAGGAUAAUGAAGGUUUUGUGAGGAAGAGUACGUAUUUUGGAGAGGAUAAUGAAGGUUUUGUGAGGAAGAGUACGUAUUUUGGAGAGGAUAAUGAAGGUUUUGUGAGGAAGAGUACGUAUUUUGGAGAGGAUAAUGAAGGUUUUGUGAGGAAGAGUACGUAUUUUGGAGAGGAUAAUGAAGGUUUUGUGAGGAAGAGUACGUAUUUUGGAGAGGAUAAUGAAGGUUUUGUGAGGAAGAGUACGUAUUUUGGAGAGGAUAAUGAAGGUUUUGUGAGGAAGAGUACGUAUUUUGGAGAGGAUAAUGAAGGUUUUGUGAGGAAGAGUACGUAUUUUGGAGAGGAUAAUGAAGGUUUUGUGAGGAAGAGUACGUAUUUUGGAGAGGAUAAUGAAGGUUUUGUGAGGAAGAGUACGUAUUUUGGAGAGGAUAAUGAAGGUUUUGUGAGGAAGAGUACGUAUUUUGGAGAGGAUAAUGAAGGUUUUGUGAGGAAGAGUACGUAUUUUGGAGAGGAUAAUGAAGGUUUUGUGAGGAAGAGUACGUAUUUUGGAGAGGAUAAUGAAGGUUUUGUGAGGAAGAGUACGUAUUUUGGAGAGGAUAAUGAAGGUUUUGUGAGGAAGAGUACGUAUUUUGGAGAGGAUAAUGAAGGUUUUGUGAGGAAGAGUACGUAUUUUGGAGAGGAUAAUGAAGGUUUUGUGAGGAAGAGUACGUAUUUUGGAGAGGAUAAUGAAGGUUUUGUGAGGAAGAGUACGUAUUUUGGAGAGGAUAAUGAAGGUUUUGUGAGGAAGAGUACGUAUUUUGGAGAGGAUAAUGAAGGUUUUGUGAGGAAGAGUACGUAUUUUGGAGAGGAUAAUGAAGGUUUUGUGAGGAAGAGUACGUAUUUUGGAGAGGAUAAUGAAGGUUUUGUGAGGAAGAGUACGUAUUUUGGAGAGGAUAAUGAAGGUUUUGUGAGGAAGAGUACGUAUUUUGGAGAGGAUAAUGAAGGUUUUGUGAGGAAGAGUACGUAUUUUGGAGAGGAUAAUGAAGGUUUUGUGAGGAAGAGUACGUAUUUUGGAGAGGAUAAUGAAGGUUUUGUGAGGAAGAGUACGUAUUUUGGAGAGGAUAAUGAAGGUUUUGUGAGGAAGAGUACGUAUUUUGGAGAGGAUAAUGAAGGUUUUGUGAGGAAGAGUACGUAUUUUGGAGAGGAUAAUGAAGGUUUUGUGAGGAAGAGUACGUAUUUUGGAGAGGAUAAUGAAGGUUUUGUGAGGAAGAGUACGUAUUUUGGAGAGGAUAAUGAAGGUUUUGUGAGGAAGAGUACGUAUUUUGGAGAGGAUAAUGAAGGUUUUGUGAGGAAGAGUACGUAUUUUGGAGAGGAUAAUGAAGGUUUUGUGAGGAAGAGUACGUAUUUUGGAGAGGAUAAUGAAGGUUUUGUGAGGAAGAGUACGUAUUUUGGAGAGGAUAAUGAAGGUUUUGUGAGGAAGAGUACGUAUUUUGGAGAGGAUAAUGAAGGUUUUGUGAGGAAGAGUACGUAUUUUGGAGAGGAUAAUGAAGGUUUUGUGAGGAAGAGUACGUAUUUUGGAGAGGAUAAUGAAGGUUUUGUGAGGAAGAGUACGUAUUUUGGAGAGGAUAAUGAAGGUUUUGUGAGGAAGAGUACGUAUUUUGGAGAGGAUAAUGAAGGUUUUGUGAGGAAGAGUACGUAUUUUGGAGAGGAUAAUGAAGGUUUUGUGAGGAAGAGUACGUAUUUUGGAGAGGAUAAUGAAGGUUUUGUGAGGAAGAGUACGUAUUUUGGAGAGGAUAAUGAAGGUUUUGUGAGGAAGAGUACGUAUUUUGGAGAGGAUAAUGAAGGUUUUGUGAGGAAGAGUACGUAUUUUGGAGAGGAUAAUGAAGGUUUUGUGAGGAAGAGUACGUAUUUUGGAGAGGAUAAUGAAGGUUUUGUGAGGAAGAGUACGUAUUUUGGAGAGGAUAAUGAAGGUUUUGUGAGGAAGAGUACGUAUUUUGGAGAGGAUAAUGAAGGUUUUGUGAGGAAGAGUACGUAUUUUGGAGAGGAUAAUGAAGAUUUUGUGAGGAAGAGUACGUAUUUUGGGGAGGAUAAUGAAAAUUUUGUGAGGCAGAGUACGUAUUUUGGGGAGGAUAAUGAAGUUUUUGGGAGGAAGAGUACGUAUUUUGGGGAGGAUAAUGAAAAUUUUGUGAGGAAGAGAACAAAUUUUUGGGAUCGAGGAGGAGGAGAAGCUUAUUCUGAAUAA